CCUCCUCUCUAGAUCAUCGUCUUUCUCCAUUGAGCUCCCCCCCCCCCCCGGGUGCCCCCCAUACAAUGCAAGAAAACUACUUCUCUGCAUGUCUGUGAUUGGCCAAAUCAAGUACUACAUACUUUUUUAGAUGACUAUUUGAAGAUGGAGGGUUGGUGCAUGGAACGUGUUGGACGGGCGACGAAAUCGGUGAUGUGAGAUUGAUGAUGGUAUCAUGCGGUAGCGGGCAACGGGAACUAUUGUGUGCGAAGGUUUUUCUGAAUGGGGCUCAAAUCGAUUUCUAAAGGGAUGAGGAGAAGAUGUGUUUUAUCAUCUAGUAUGAUGAGUCUAUUGUAAUUUCUGUAAAAUUGCUGAUGUGGUAAAAUUUUAUUGGAGGGCUGUUAAUGCCUCAAUCUCGGAUGGACCGCUGCAAAGCGUUUCCCAUACAUACAUAGAUUUUUUCAUGUUAAAUUGCCGCGCCCUCCCGCUUUUGAGGAGAAUCGAAGUCUGAACCAUAUAUGCCUGUAGCGCUUCCCCGAAACUUAGAAACGAAAAGGAAAGAGGAAAAAGGACACCGAAAGCAAAGGACUGUGUCCUCCAACAUCAGAAAUCAAAAGGAAUUUCAAAGAGAAAGGAAAAUGAUGUGUUUCUAGAUUUGGGAGGGACAUGACCCAUGCCUGUUAUCUCACACUCUCCGGGGCCUCGGAAUAUUUUCUCUAGAAAUCUCGGAGGAUCAGCACUAGGGAAGUUACUGAAAUCCCAAUUGAACUUUCCUUGCAAGUGUCCAAUUAGGCAGAUUCGAAUGGCUGCUCGCAAUUCUAUCCUAAGUGAAAGCAACAGUGAGUCGAGAGGUGCCUUGAUUGUUCUAGAAGGCUUGGAUCGUAGUGGGAAGACAUCACAGUCUAGUAACCUACUCAAAUACUUGGAAGGACUGGGACAUUCAGCUGAAUUAUGGCGGUUUCCUGACAGAAGUACAGAUGUUGGCCAAAUGAUAUCAUCAUAUCUUACCAACAAAUCGCAAUUGGAUGAUCAUACAGUCCAUAUACUCUUUAGUGCAAAUCGUUGGGAGAAGAGAUCAUUGAUGGAAACUAAACUGAAAUCUGGAACCACCCUCAUUGUUGACCGUUAUUCUUUUUUCUGGGGUGGCUUUCUCGUCUGCAAAGGACUUGGCAUUGAAUGGUGUAAGGCACCAGAAGAUGGGUUGCUGGCUCCAGAUCUAGUGCUCUACCUUGACAUACAGCCAGAGAAAGCUGCAGAGAGAGCAGGAUAUGGAGGUGAGAGAUAUGAGCAGCUUGAGUUUCAGAGGAAAGUUGCCCGAUGCUAUGAGGUCCUUCGUGAUGCUUCCUGGAAGAUAAUCGAUGCCUGCCAACCAAUGGAAGACAUCGAGAAACAACUCCAAGAGAUUGUGUUGGAUUGUGUCACUAUAUGCCAGAAAGGCAAGCCCCUUUCCAACCUCUGGUCAAGUUAAUCCUCUGCCCCAUUCUGUUUCUUAAUUUUCUCUUCUUUUUCUCGCUGUGGAAAGGGAUUCUGCAUACGUAUCUCUGCUACUCGCUUUUGGUCUUUCUGAACAUUUGUGGCCGUGGUUUUAAAAUUUUUGUUUUUGUUUUAAUUCAGUUCCAGGCCUUGUGACAAACUGGGAUUUGUAAGUUUAAUAAUCCGGGAUUUCCCUUA